UGGCGCUCGGUGUAGUUGGAGUUCCGUUGUGUCGCCCGUGUCCUUUUCGUGUUAGGUUUUACUUAUGUAUCUGACAGAGAUAUGUUUACAUUAAACGUUGCGCGCCUCGAAAGAAAACAAACAUUGGAAGAACAGUAGUAUUUGUCGAAUACUCCAGUUAAGCGGCUAGUUUACUCUAGGUAGCUUGCUAACAAGUAAACGUUAGCGAGAAAGCAAAAAUUGGGAGAUACGGGGCAACAAGAGGAGGAGUCCUGUUUUGGAAGAGCUGAUGCAGAUGCCAUGGCCACAGCCGAGGUAUGGGAGUGACGUGACAGAGCUGGUCCUGCUUCCAAACAAAAACCUUGUCAGCAUCAUGUUUUUCUGCUGAAGUGGGGGCAGAACACACAGAGAAUGGACGAGUCAGUGUUGCUGGAUUUGCUUGAGUGCCCUGUUUGUCUGGAGCGACUGGACGCCUCAGCAAAGGUUCUUCCCUGUCAGCACACCUUCUGCCGUCGAUGCCUCCAAGGCAUCCUAGGCUCACGUGGAGAGCUGCGCUGCCCAGAGUGCCGGACGUUGGUCGAGUGUGCCGUGGAUGAACUCCCCAGCAACAUCCUUCUUGUGCGCCUGUUGGAUGGCAUCAAGCAGAGGCCUCGAAGGGCUGGUCCUGGGGCAGGAGUCUGCACAAAUGGUACAUCUGGAGCCGUGGCCAGAGCACACAGCAGCGGAACAAGGGACCAGGGUACCCCAGGAGCACAACCCCAGCGAGCGCAGGCUAAGAGCACCCUUGUCCGGGGUGUACCCCAGCUCCCUUGUGCCAAGGCACUCUACAACUAUGAUGGCAAGGAACCAGGAGACCUCAAGUUCAGCAAGGGUGACAUUAUCAUCCUGCGCCGGCAAGUGGAUGAGAACUGGUACCACGGGGAGAUGGGCGGAGUUCAUGGCUUCUUCCCAACCAACUUUGUCCAGGUCAUCAAGCCGCUGCCACAACCACCACCUCAGUGCAAAGCUCUGUAUGACUUUGAGCUCAAAGACAAGGAAGCAGACAAGGACUGUCUGCCCUUCUCCAAGGAUGAUAUCCUGACUGUGAUCCGCAGAGUGGAUGAAAACUGGGCAGAGGGAAUGCUGGGAGAUAAAAUUGGAAUUUUUCCCAUCUCAUAUGUUGAGUUCAACUCGGCAGCUCGUCAGCUUAUAGAGUUGGACAAGCCGUCGGACUCCAACGGAGACUCCGGUGAGGGGGCCUCCUCAGGGCCCCAAAGCAAUGGUGCUCAGCGGGCAGGGGAGAAGAAGAACAGCAAGAAGCGACAUUCUUUCACCUCUCUCACCAUGUCCCACAAACCCAUGCUAGCUCCUCCCCCUCAGCGGCACUCCAUGGAGAUCAGCGGGCCGGUUCUCAUCAGCUCCAGCAACCCCACAGCGGCUGCCCGAAUUGGAGAGAUCAGCGGGGGGCUUUCCUGCAGCGCACCUUCACAGGUACACAUUUGCACAACUGGACUAAUUGUGACCCCACCCCCUAGUAGUCCUGUUACUACAGCAACGGUCUUCACAUUUCCCUCAGAGGCGAGCUUCACAGCUAUCCCUGUGGAUGCUCUCCCACCGCCCCCGCCUCCUCCCCCACAGUCCUCCGUCGAUGGAGCAGCAUAUUCAUUGGCUGCCGGACAGAGACCCUCCCCCAGCAUCAGCGACCAAAGUGGGAGACAAAGACCCACAGUCUAUGUGGCUAUGUUCCCCUACACUCCCCGAAAGGAGGAUGAGCUGGAACUAAGGAAGGGAGAGAUGUUUCUGGUGCUGGAACGCUGUCAGGACGGCUGGUUCAAGGGCACCUCCAUGCACACUGGCAAGAUUGGAGUCUUUCCUGGGAACUACAUGAGCCCAGUCAGCAGGACUGCAUCGGGAAGCACUCAGUCCAAAGUGCCCAUGAGCCUGUGCACUCAGGCUGGCAGAGGAAUCACCAUCGUCAGCCCCUCAUCUGCUCCCCUUGGGGCAAUUGUUCCGGGUCCUGAUUUCAACAAACCCCUCGCCGUGUGCUCCAGCGCUGUACCUCCCAACUCCCAGCCUGCAGCUGUGGUAACAGCAGCUCAAACAGCCACAGGCCAACAGCCAAAAGUCCCUCUGCAUGUCAGCUCCCAGAUGACUGUGAAUCAGGCCCGCAAUGCAGUCAGGACAGCUGCAUGCCACAGUCAGGACCGGCCCACAGCAGCAGUGACACCCAUCCAGUCUGCAACACCCGUGACCUAUCUUCCACACCUUGCAGUGUGCCCACAGCCCUCCUCCAGUCCUGCCCAAGGCUGUACCCGGGCCGGAGUGGCAAUGGGCUGUGCUGCUGCCUCUCUGACCCCACCCAAUGUCAGUGCUGCAUCCUUGGAGGGUGACGCCUUGAGGCCUGUACCUAUCCUCAGUGUGCCUGUCGGCCCUGUGAACAGCUCUGCCCUCAAUCCUGCGUCUAACAGCGCGGCUCUGGCUUGCCGACUGGACAAGGAUGUCAAGAGGGAAAAGAAAAGCCUCCUGAAGCUGUUGUCCUCCAACAAGAAGAAGUCUCGUCCUUCGCCGCCCUCUUCUCCUACUCUUGAAGCGGAACAGGCUGCUGCCGGAGAGGUGCUACACGGCGCAGUGGGCCCUGACACCUCCCCUCCCUCCACCUCUGUCAGCUGCCUCGAGCCUGAAUCCGCUGCUGCUGCUGUCGCUUCUGCCUCUUCAUCCUCCUCCUCCUCCUCAGCUCCAGAGUCCUCCCAUCGGAAGAGCAGUCCCCUUGACGGAUGUGCACCUAUCGCUCCUCCUCCUCGCCAGCCGUGCUCCUCUCUCUUAUCUCAACAACACGAUGCACGGCCCAUCAUAUGUGAGAGGUACAGGGUGGUGGUAUCAUAUCCUCCCCAGAGCGAGGCCGAGCUGGAACUUAAGGAGGGCGACAUUGUGUUUGUUCACAGGAAGCGGGAAGACGGCUGGUUCAAAGGCACACUGCAGCGGAACGGCAGGACCGGACUGUUCCCUGGCAGCUUUGUAGACAGCAUCUAACACACACACACACACACAUUUCAGUGAACCACGGUCAACACCAACGUGACCCAGCUGACCGGCGCUACAGUGCGUCGCCGUACAAACCAAACGGAUCAGCACUCACGAGGUUGUCGGGACAGGACCGCCGUAGUGACGCUUUAACACCUUAGAGCCCGCUGUGGCUCUGGUCACUGAAAAAGAACACUAGUGGCACAUGAGAGAGCUGCAGAGAAGAACAGAAUAUGUUGUCAUUGAAAGCACAGUGGACAGAGUUAGAGGAGAGCACACUACUCAUGAACUUUUCCUUUUUGUUGAUUAUUUAUAUCUUUGUAACGAUUCAGCUGUUAAAUGUGUGCCUUGUACUGUUCCUCACUUUAUUGUACAUAAGGACACAAAGAUGAUUAGUCCUAAAACAACAAGUAUGAGCUGUUGAUAUAGAUAUAUUACACGUUUUAACUUAUUUCAUAGAUUGGCCUUUUUGUAGUGCAACACAUUAAGGGGUUAAGCUGGCACAUGCCUUAUGCCAUAUAUUACCACACCAGUUAUACUUCUCUCCCUCUGACCGCUGAUAUAACAGGUUUAACAUUAAUUCAGGCUGUCAGCAGGUAGGAGCAGAUAUAUCAGAUGCAGCAGAGCAGAACAAAUGAGCGGUGUCAUCAUCACUUGUGCUGUAUAGUAGGAAAAAGGACACUUCCCCGCAGCUCUAAAGGCAGUACCUAAACCUGAGGAUCAGACGAGCGAUCUGCUGCAUUGCACAUUCAGGCACUGUAGCUGCAGCUCACAGCCGUGUGAACAUUGCACAUCGUGAACUAUCUCUGGGCCAUUCACAGGCCUCCGGUUUUUGCUCCUGGUGUUUGGCUGACAUGCUUAAGACUGUUACCUGCAGCGAUCGAAUACUUGCAUGUGAUUAGCAAAGCCUUCCGCAGUAGACAAAGUGGUGAUAGACGUGUUGCAGGGCUGUUUGGUUAUGUCUUUUUAAUAUGCGGAAAACACACUCCAAGAUAGACCUUGCAAUCAAAUAUUGCUUACUUUGUACCUUCUUUGUAUUUACUGACCAGAGUAGCUUCUCUCCUAACCCCUCGGCAAUAGCCAGACCCAGACGUAGCUCUGCAUCACAAGAGCGACAUAACAUUUCAGUAUCAGUGCACAACAGAUUCUCGUCAGUGUAUGUUUGUUGACACCUGCUGCUCUUAGAGAGUCUGUCAUUUAAACUAACUUGGACACGCAGUAAGGCACACAGGAUGUCGCUCAUCCUUCAGCAGGCUCUCAGUUUUUGUUAACUAUUACUCAUUCCUGAUAUGACUUGUGGCAAUAAGAAACACAGCUAGCUAAAGCACAGAAUGUUUGCCUAAAGUAACAUAUCAUUGUAUCACUCCACAAGAAGAGAUGUGUCGUCUACUUCUGUUGAACCUUGAAAGAUGAGGUUUUAUUGAAAUCAAUCACUUUGACCCCCUUGAUUUUUUUCCCUUUUUUGUGGUCGGGUUUUGUUGGACGUUACGUCUCUACAAAGUUCUUAAUGUUAAGUGUCGUAUUGACUUGAAUGACUGUAAGAUUUCGUUGUGAUUGGAGGGGAUUUGGUCAUAGUUUUGGUGCUUGUUAAACGUAGAGAAUAGACAGUUUUAGAAUUAAUACUUUGAGAAUGAAGACCAGUUUCUUUCAGUGGAUCAAAUAUCUCAACAUGUCAUUUCUCUUUUCCCAGUAUAUUCUUUUAAAAUACAUUUGAUAAAUGAAUGAAUUCUCCAAACUAAAGGUAUUGGGUAACAUUAUAGACUGACCCUUCCUGCCUCAGUGGACCCCACAACAUUUAAUGUAGUGUGACUUCGUCAUCUGGUAUUCAGCAAGUCCUGUGAGGUCUGAGGGGUGUUUAAACACUUUAAAGUUGAGGCAAUCACUGAAUCAUGCCAAAUCUGGCUUUGAGAAUGAAUUUACCAACUGAAUUGGACCCGUAGUUUCAAGUGUUUUUGUUUUUUGUGUUUUGUUGUUAAUUGGGGGACCACUGUGUACCUGACUGCUGGAAUAUAUUGUAGUUUUUUUUAAUUGAUGAGAGUGUGUAAAAGGAUGGUACAAAUCACUGUUAGGGCCUUUUGUUGUCUUAUGAAUUGGUACUUGUGUAGAAUUAAUCUGAUAUGUUGCAUUGUUGUCUUGGCAAUCACCACACCAACCUCAGGCUCUAUGCUAAACUCUUCCUCUGAGUGUCCUUUCAUUUCACUGGUAAGCCUUUAAUACACACAUCAGACUUCCUCCAACACACAUGUAUGCACUAUCAAAACAUUUCUAAUCAAACUGACUUCUUGUACGUAUUGUUCAUGCAUAGGCUGCACAGUUCUCAAAACAUGAAGCAUUUCUUACAGCAGUUAAUAAACUAUGUUUUCAUUUAUUGGCACACAUGGCAACGCAAGUUUGCUUAAUUCAACUUAACAGAAUUUCCUCAUGCCAAGGUGACUUACUUGAUUUUUUUUUUUUUUUUGUCUGUAGUUAGUCUUGUAUGUCUGAAAAUGGUGAAACUGAAAUCAACUUAUUUGGCACAAGUCUCUUAUGUGAAAAACAUUCUGAAGUAUUUGAGGGAAUAGCACAUUUUGUAAAAAAUCUCUAUAACAA